GUUCUGAAUUGUGUGUAUUCAACAUUAAUUCAAAAACACCAAGAUAGAUAGCUGACCGAUUAUUUAAAUUAAGUCUGUUUAAUUAUGUUGAAUAACUGUACUUCAAUACCAUUGUUUAUGAAUUGAUUAUCAUCUCAACAUUUUUACUUGAAAAUCUGCGUUUUGAUCUCAUCAUAUUGUUUACAACUUUCCUUCAGUUUUUAUAAUAUUAUUUUUCUUCAUGGGCGAUUCUCAAAAUGAUUUUGGCAAACAGGUGUCCAGAUGAGUUAGAAGUAAGCUACACAAUAUUAAACACCAUCUACAACAAAUCUAGUACAUAUUUAAUUUAAUUUUCAUCUGCAUCAUCAAACAUUCACGUUAAACUGGUGGUACUAACUAACGAAAACAAUCAUUAACUGUUAAUCCAUAUUAUGGUCGAGCAAGAACCUCUUCGAUUUAUCUAAAGGUUUUUUAUCAUCAAAAUUUUAUCUUUAAUUACUAUUAUAUUGGAUACAAAUUUAUUUCAAACUAACCUCUAAGUGGAAUAUCUUUUCAACAAUUUGUCUAGUACGUUGUAAUGUGUGCCUUCCAUUAUAGCAUCAUCACAUCCUGCAUAUACAAUUAUUAGUAAACAAAAUAUCACUGUGAAAUAUGGUGGUCCGGCAAAGCUCUCCAAGUGGUGAUGAGAAAGGAAUUAAAAGCACUGGUGAUGGAGACAAUGAAGAGGAACAAAAAUCAGAUUCCUCCAAUACAGCGACCAGUAUGCAGAAACAGCAAAACCCCCUAUUAAACCAUAAUGUAGUUGAUGCAACUGUAAGCGUGACUUCACCAGUUGUUAAAUCUGCUUCAUCAGUCUCAUCAGAAGCGGUAUCAUCUGCGCCUUCAAAUGUAGCAAUUACUGCAGCUACUGCAACAGCAACAGUAACAACAACGACAACGACAACGACAACUACAACAACAGCGACAACAACCACAGCAACGACAACAGUAGCAACAGUAACACCAUCGCCAACGCCAUCACCACCACCUUCAUCAAGAGCAGCAGCAGCAACAGCAACAACGACAACAACUAUAACUGCAACACCAACAAUGACAAUGGUAAAAGCAACCGCAAUAUCGACUUCACCCUCUUCACCAUCAACUGCAUCUUUAAUUUCAUCAACUUCCCCCUUAAUUAUGACAACUGCAAAGAAAAAUACUUGUACCAAUGGUUCAGUAUCUUUAACAAGUCCAGUUGCUAUUCAAGAUAAAAAAAGAGUCAAGAAAAACCAUGCCCCACGACAUCAUUACGAGAUUUAUGGCUAUUUCGAUUGGGAUUCAUAUCUCAAGGAAACUGGUGGGGAACCUGCUCCGGCUUCUGCUUUUAAACAACAUCCUGAUCCUCCUGCUAACGAAUUCAGAUUGAAAAUGAAACUUGAGGCACAGGAUCCUCGUAACCCUUCAUCAACCUGUAUUGCCACAGUCGUCGGUAUUAUGGGCCCUAGAGUUCAAUUAAGAUUGGACGGAAGUGAUAAUACUAAUGAUUUUUGGGAAAUGAUCGACUCACCGUCAAUAAAACCUGUAGGUCAUUGUCAAGAAAAUGGUGGCAUGUUACAGCCUCCUCUAGGGUUUCGAAAAAAUCCUUCACAUUGGCCUAUGUUUGUACUCAAUACUCUAAAGGAUGCAGACAUUGCGCCAAAGAAUAUUUUUAUUCAUGAGCCACCUUCACCAUCCAGAAAUCGUUUCAAAAUUGGAAUGAAAUUGGAAGCUGUAGAUAAGAAAAAUCCUCGACUUAUUUGCCCUGCUACAGUCGGUAGUGUUACUGAAGACCAAAUCUUCGUCACCUUUGACGGCUGGAAGGGUGCAUUUGAUUAUUGGUGUAAAUAUGACUCUAGAGACAUUUUCCCGGUUGGUUGGUGUCAAAAAAGCGGUCAUCCUCUUCAGCCUCCCGGUGAUAAAACCCCUUUCACGCCAGUCAGAGACAAAUUGUUGAGUAGUAUUACAACUCCUGGAAGUGUACCUCUCUCCAUCCAAUGCUUGCCGAAAACAGCAACCAUAAACAAUGGUACACCAACAUCAUCCAAACUAAAAAGUAAGACUAACCAGUUUAACAAUCCAGCAACCACGAAUACUACAAUGGCCUGCGAAUCACCUAAAAUGACUCCUAAAGUUCAAUCAUUGACAUCUAAUUCAUCUCAAGGUAACAUGGUCAAUAACAGUACUAAAGAGGCCAAAUUGACGCAAAGUAAAGAAUCCCCAACCGUUAGGAUAUCUGAAAAAAAUGAUGGCAUUACAAUCAAAAUAUCAACUAAAAAUGAAGAAACGCCGUCACCUUCUCUGCCCAAAGGGUCUUUAGUGACUGUGCAUCUUAACAAAUCAUGUAAAACUGGGCCUUGGAUUAACGCAAAGAAACUAGAAAAAUUGCCAAAUGUUUUUGGACCUGAUAGUUAUAAUCGCACUUUGAAAGGAAUAAUUCAAUCAAUGCUAGAUUGUAGCCCACAUCCCGGUAAAUUAAUAAGCUUGGUUAAAUCUGGUCAUGGGUAUACUUCCGUUUCAGUCAAUAUUGCAGGCAGUAGAGAAACGGUAACUUUACCACACAUUAAUCGAGCUAGUGUAUUUUGGAGCUACUUAUCUAAUUUUCUUGAAGUGGUUGAAGCAUGUCCAUUACUUCUUGUCCAAAAAGUGAAUGAUGGUCCUUGUAAUAUGUGUAAAACUGUUAAUAAUUUUAACGAUGUUGUUAAAACUCAGACAAACCAAAAAUCUAAUGCAGCCAAUCGUGCACCAAUCAACUCUCAAGCCGAUAUUGUUUCUACUCCAAUUCAAAAUAAUCGGAUGCCCAUUCCCCAAAUACAAAAUAGUGGUUACACUGUUCAAUUUGUCGCAGACAAGAUGAACUCUAAAAAAUCAACUCAAACUCCAGCGUCAUCAGACUCUAAAAGUUCACUUGAUCCAUCGACAAAAAAAUUAGCUAAGAGAACAAUUGUUAACUGUCCAGUUAGUCAAUCGUCCAAUCCUGAGAAUGCUUCUGCGCCAAAUUCUGAAACCAAUGGAAGACCGAAUAAAAGUGCGAAAAUGUCCGAUACAUCCAGUACUUCUAAUUCAUCUUCUAUAACGAAUGGGGGAGAAAUCGCUAAGACUGUGAUUCCAGCCAAUCCUGUGGAUUGGAGCAUUGAAGAUGUGAUAAAACACCUUCUCUCCCAUGAUCCCUCAUUAAUUGUCCAUGCUGAAACUUUCAGAAAACAUGAAAUUGAUGGAAAAGCAUUUCUCCUUCUUAAUAGUGAUAUGAUAAUGAAAUACAUGUCUCUAAAAUUGGGACCAGCAUUAAAAAUAUGUAACAUAAUUGACCGCCUCAAAGGCAAUAGAAAGUUGGGACAUCUGCCUUGAAACAAAUGUACAUUAAAAUCUCUGGCUGAUUAAUUGAUUUUAUGCAUUCAUUGUCUUUCCUUUUCCUCUGCAUCAUCUCUUUCCUUUCAAUCAUCAUUACCAAAAAUUAGAACUGAAAAAGCCAAUUCAUCUUCAGCUACAGUCACCAUUAUUUUUAUGACCGUUUUGAUCUUUAUGUUGGGGAGGCAUGGGCAAUCAGAAUCUUCUCAAGGAAGUAAAUUAUUUUGUAAAAAUAGCUUAAUGUUAUGUUGAUACUCCUGUCGUCAGAAGAUGACUUCAACGAGUCAAAUUGCUUAAAUCCUUUGAAUAAAUUUAAAUUUUACUGUCCCUAA